AUGAGCGACAUCAAGCUGGCUCUGCUGGGCAGCGAAGGUGCUGGAAAGACAGCUGUUCUGGUGCGAUUCCUGACAAGACGUUUUAUUGGAGAGUAUGCUUCCAGUGCCAAUUCUUUAUAUCAUAAAAGGAUGUCCAUUGACGGGAGACAGUUAAACUUGGAAAUAUUUGAUUCGUGUUCACAGAGUUCAGGCAACACGUGCAUCCAGGAGGAGCCUGUGAACUGGGCCGAUGGCUUUGUGGUGGUCUACAACAUCAGUGACCGAACGUCCUUCCUCCACGCCAAGAGCGUCCUGCAGCAGAUCAAAGAGGCCCGAGAGGAAAGCAGUAAAGGACUGGUGGACAUUCCAGUGUUCUUAGUGGGGAACAAGCAGGACCUGUGCAACGCCCGGCAGGUGUGCGAGGAGGAGGGACGGGCCUUGGCUCAGGAAGAGCGCUGCCACUUCCAGGAGGUGUCUGCAGCAGAGGACUACUUGGAGAUAUCAAACCUCUUCACGAAGCUCAUCCGUCAUGUGAUGGAUAACCUCAAGCACUGUGCAGGCCGCAGACGGUACAGCGGCUCCAAGUCCAUGGCCAAACUCAUCAAUAACGUCUUUGGUAAAAGGCGGAAGUCCGUCUGA